GUGAAAUGCCAGCUGGGUGAAACGUCAAGCGUCCACGUUCUCUUUUCGGUCCGUCACCUAGCUAACAAAAUGCCAAAGGCAAAGAAGGAAGCCAUCAACGCUGUUCAAGUCUUCGGACGCAAGAAAACCGCCACUGCUGUUGCUUACUGCAAACGUGGACGUGGUCUUUUGCGCGUAAACGGACGUCCCUUGGAACAAAUUGAACCUAAAGUAUUGCAAUACAAGUUGCAAGAACCUCUUCUCUUGUUGGGCAAGGAAAAAUUCGCCGGCGUUGAUAUCCGUAUCCGCGUCUCUGGUGGUGGUCAUGUCGCCCAAGUGUAUGCUAUCCGUCAAGCCAUCUCCAAGGCUUUGGUUUCAUACUACCAGAAAUACGUCGAUGAAGCAUCCCGCAAAGAAUUGAAGGACAUCCUUACCCAAUACGACAGAACUUUGUUGGUUGCCGAUCCACGUCGCUGCGAACCCAAGAAAUUCGGAGGUCCAGGUGCCCGUGCCAGAUACCAAAAAUCUUACCGUUAAGGUGGUUUUUUGUGUACACUGCUGCGUGUGUGUAUAUUUCGCAAAUUGCUUAAAGAUCAUGCAAUUUACAUUCAAUAAAACGAUAAAUUUCUAAGAAGACAA